AUGCCAUACGACUGCAGUAGUGAACAAUUUAUCCACGCGUGCGUAUCCAACAAGAAUCAACGAACUCGUACAAGAUAUAAGAUCCUAUUUUCAACAACUGAUCUACUUGAAAGUCAAAAAUUAAGUAAUUUCGAUGAAUCUCUUCUUGAAGAAUUCUCAGUAUUAGAUAUUGAAAUGUUACAAUCAAAAGCAGAUGAUUUAUUUCCAAAACCAUAUCCAUUUCUAAUACAAAAUUCACGUUUACCACAAACAUUUAUUCGUGGUCAACCACCAUCAUUUGCUGCACAUCUCUAUGGAAGUCCAAUAACCAUUGAUACAUUAGGCGGUAGUCAAUUAUCAUCAACAUUAUCAUCUUAUAGUAGUACACUUUUAAAUGAUGACAAUUUACAAGAUGUUAAAUUAGAUAUAAUUACUCUUAAUAAAAUGUCAUUAUCAUCAUGUUCAACAUUUCGUCGAUGUUUACGUUGUUCAAAUUUUUCAAGAGUUUUUAAAACAAAACCAUAUCCAUUUCUAGCUUAUCGUCUAAAUAAUCGAUGUUUAUGUGGUGGAUUAUUUCUUUUUUAUACUCGAUCAUCAUCGAUAAUCAAUAAUAAUACCAAUAAUAAUUCCAAUGAAACAUCAGCUACGGCUACAGCCAGAUAA